ACAAAUUUCACGACAAGGGCUGUUAAUUACUGUUCCGCGUUUGUCUGUGACUGACAUUUUCAUAAGAUGUAAACGUAGUGUUGAUAGUAGAAGUGGGGGAGUCGUAAGUUAAAUAGAUGACGAAAUACUCAGGGUUGAGAUUUGCGACAGUAAAUGCACUAGUAAAUACCCACUCAGUGCAGUGUGCAUCGCACGCUGAAUUUUUCAGUUCUUAGAUCCAAAGCCCCAGUUGGAGCUGGGAUUGUGUAAAUUUGGCGCCUGUGCACUGGCGGUUGCAGGACGGAAGUGCCUGAAAUUACGUUGGUCCUUUUUACUCCAAUAGGAAUGGAACAAUUACAAUCCUCUGAUUUGCAUAACGCUGUUAUAAAUAGGGGGGGGCAGGCGCCAUUUUCGAUGUUGUGCUUACGGGGACGAUCUUAAGGGGAAAAAGAAAAGCAUUAAGGAUGCCUGAGCCGGCGAAAUCUGCUCCAGCACCAAAGAAAGGUUCUAAAAAGGCGGUCACCAAGACUCAGAAGAAAGGUGACAAGAAGCGCAAGAGAGCGAGGAAAGAGAGCUACUCCAUCUACGUGUACAAGGUGCUGAAGCAGGUGCACCCCGACACGGGCAUCUCGUCCAAGGCCAUGAGCAUCAUGAACUCCUUCGUCAACGACAUCUUCGAGCGCAUCGCCGGCGAGGCGUCGCGCCUGGCGCACUACAACAAGCGCUCCACCAUCACGUCGCGGGAGAUCCAGACGGCCGUGCGCCUGCUGCUGCCCGGCGAGCUGGCCAAGCACGCCGUGUCCGAGGGCACCAAGGCUGUCACCAAGUACACUAGCUCCAAGUAG